AUGCAAUGCCGAUUCCAGAUCGUUCCCGUGGCUGGGAAGGGCCUCGGUGCUGUCGCGACAGUGGCGAUAGCCCAAGGUGAAUGGGUGCUCCGAGAUGAUCCGCCUUUGCUGAGGCUUGGCGCCACAGAAAUGGCACGCUUCGACCAUCGGUGGCCUUGCGAACUCCGGCGCUCGGAGGAGUACAUUCGGGCGCGGGAGAAGCACUUCGAGGCGCCCCUGCAGGCGCAGCUGCGAGAGCUGUCGGUCCCGCAGCAGCAGGCUGUGCUGGCGCUCCACAGCCGCCAGGGCUCCGAGGGCCUGGCGGGCAUCUUCUUCACCAAUGCGCUGCCCACGGAGCAGGAGGAGGACUGGGUGCUGUGCGAGACAGCAAGCCGGUUCAACAGCAGCUGCCAGCAGAAUGCCGUGUACCAGUGGUCUGAGAGGCAAAGCUCUGCGUCGAUUCGAGCAGUCUGGGACAUUCCGGUCGGCGAAGAGAUUUCUGUCUUCUACGGGUCCACCGAGCAGCUCCUCAGCCCUGGAGUCCAACGCCGCGAAUUUCUGAGCUUUUGGGGCUUCGAUUGCUGCUGCCCCGCCUGCUCGGCCCGCGGGUCGGACGACAACCGGCGGAGGAUUCGGGAGCUCUCUGCCAGGCUGGACGGCACGGAGAUCGUCCAACUUCCCAUGGUCGAGCGCUACUCCCUGGCCGUGACGCGCCUGCAGCUGUACCAAGCAGAGAAGCUGUUCUUCGCGGGCUACUUCCGUGCGCUGGCCGCUUGCGUUCAGCUCUCGCAGGCGGCGGACGCGCCGUUGGCCGAGCGUCGUCUUUGGGCCGAGAUGGCACUGCGGCACGCGCAGCUCUUCCAUGCAGAGGACGCAGCUCUGCUCGACCACUGUGCGGCGGCAGUGGAGGCUUCCAGAGACUCUUGA